CAUGAUGAUCUAACCAUAGAAAUAAGGUAAUUUAGGUUCGCAUACAUAUGCGCAGAAUAUUCCUUCGUGGACCCUAUUUCAACGGCAACGAACGAACGAUCCACAAAUAUCAAUUUACCAUUUUCAACUCAUUUAUUAUUAUCAUUAUCCUCACAAAGACUCAUUUUAUUGGACUAUUACAAACAAACAAACAAAAUGAACUGAGUGAGGAGGAACAAAAACAAACCCAUCAUCGACACCUCAAUGGCAUUGCCUUCACCAUCCAGUUUUGCCCCUUUUGUGUUUCUAUUGCUCGUCAUUGGGAGCGCGUCGGCAAGGCCUCUGUAUCCACUUCCUGGCAAAGGUAAUGAUGGAACUAGACAGCCUCUUCAAACUUUUCGCCCAUAUAAUAUUGCCCACAGGGGUUCAAACGGAGAACUUCCCGAAGAAACUCAUCAGGCUUACAUGAGAGCUAUUGAGGAAGGUGCGGACUUCAUUGAAACUGAUAUCUUAUCUUCCAAAGAUGGUGUUCUUGUAUGCUUCCAUGAUGUUACCCUUGAUGAUACUACUAACGUAGCAAAUUACAAAGAGUUUGCUGGUCGUAAAAGAACAUAUGAAGUUCAAGGGGUCAAUACCACUGGAUAUUUUAUUGUGGAUUUCACAUUAAAGGAACUAAAGUCAUUGAGGGUGAAUCAGAGGUUUAGCUUUAGGGAUCAACAAUUUAACGGAAAAUUUCAAAUAAUCACUUUUGAAGAGUUCAUUACCAUAGCAUUGGACGCACCCAGAGUUGUUGGAAUAUAUCCUGAAAUAAAAAAUCCAGUACUCAUCAAUCAGCAUGUGAAAUGGUCGGAUGGAAAAAAGUUUGAGGACAAAUUUGUGGAAACACUUCACAAAUUUGGAUACAAGGGUUCAUACCUGUCAAAAAAUUGGUUGGAACAACCUGUAUUUAUUCAGUCCUUUGCUCCAACUUCACUUGUGUAUAUAUCAAAUCAAACAGACUUGCCCAAGUUGUUUUUAAUCGAUGAUGUUGAUAUUCCAACACAAGACACCAAUCAGUCAUAUUGGGAAAUUACAUCUGAUACAUACCUAGACUACAUAAAGCAAUAUGUUGUGGGAAUCGGACCUUGGAAGGAUACGAUAGUUCCUGUGAUGAAUAAUUAUGCGAUGACUCCUUCCGAUCUUGUUUCCAGGGCACAUGCUCGUAAUCUGCAGGUGCAUCCAUACACUUAUAGAAAUGAGAACAAGUAUUUGCAUUUCAACUUUAGUCAAGAUCCGUACAAGGAAUACGAUUACUGGAUCAACAAUAUAGGAGUUGAUGGUCUGUUUACAGAUUUCACUGGUAGUCUUCAUAAUUUUCAGGAAUGGACUGCUCCUAAUCAUCAGGAUAGCAAUACUGCAUCCAAGCUCUUACAUGAAAUUGCUUUGUUGACAUCCCCUUAUGAAUGAUUUUUAGAUGUCAGAUAUUAUGUAAAAAGUAUGUGUGUUCAGUGCUUGGAUUGACUUAUUUUAUGCUCAAAAGCUUAUUUCAACAUGUUCAAGAGGGCAUUUGAUUGAAAAGACAUAUUUUUUCCAAAAAAAAACUACUUGACUGUUUGAUAA